AAUAGCAUAUAAAAACAUUAAAUAUAAUAUAAUUAAUCAUCUAAAUUGACAACUUGAAUGCAUGUUCUAAACGAGACACUGAUACCUGCAUACUGAUCAAUGUAAUAUUAGUCUAAUAUGCAGUGAAACGGAUGGAUUUAAAAAAAAUCGUGCUAGAAAUACCUGCGAAAGAAGUUACAAAAACUCAUAGGCCUUAUUUAGGAUUGCUCGAGACCGUGAUGUCAGGAAAUAACCCAGUGAUCACAUACGGGAUGGCAUUACAUGAUGAUAGCCUACAGUGUAGUCAAACCUUAGCAAGUCACUCUGUGGUCGGUAAAUCAGACGAGGGUAGUUGUAUACCAUGCCUUUCUGAGGCUCUGCGCGCAAAGGGAUGUUGAACCCCUGGACUCUGGAGACGCGUGUAUCCAAUAUGGGAAAACACUUCAAAGUUCUUAUCGUACCAAAAGGAUAAUGUUGCAUGAAACAAAAAUCAGUAUGUCUAAAUGAGAAACGAGAAUUAAUGUCUAAUCGAGCUUGGAAAUAAAAAAUACGAAACUAAAAGAAAUUGCAUGAAAUGAGCGGCGAAUAUGUGUUUAAUGGAUACCGGUGAACUUUGGUACUAAUUACAGAAACAUGUCUUUGUGAUAUUUACAAUCUUAAUUAAAUGUAAUGUGCAUAACAUUAAUGUUUAUGAAAAACAUUGAGAGUAGCACGAUACUCUACUUGAAAAUUAUGUUUUCUUGUAGGCUAUAUCCACUCACUGAAUUGUAAAGAAAUUGAUAAGAGUUUUUUUGCCUGUCGAAGUCCCAUUCCUCGGUCAAGUUCAGUGCAUUGUACUCCUCCGGACCCGAUGGACAGUUCUUAUUGGUAGGUGCUAACCGUUACAUCACCAAGCUUAUGACGCGCCGUCUUCCUGUUUCCUUCAGCUGUGUCUUAAAGUGAAUCUUGUUGGUGGAGGAGAGCUCGAGCAUCAAAGCUCUGCAUCGCGUGCGCCUCGGAGACACACACACUAGCUGCUACGACAUCAUCACCACAGUCUUUCAGUCUCGAGAGGAGAGUAUAGAGCACAGCGGCGCAAAAUAUAUCUUUUAUAUAUAUUUUUUGGUCUAUGCUCGGGUUCAUCACUCACUUUACUCCAGCUCUUCCUUUCCUAAGAAAUUAUAAUAUUCAGCGUCUCCCGGGCGAAGCCUCUGUAUUCUAUUUCAGCAAUAAAAGGACCUCGCUUUUCCCUUCAUCUGCAGGGUAUCCUUCAGCAGCAGUCCUAGAGGAGUGGCUUUGCGGGAUAUGGCCCAAUAGCAGCAGCCCGUGAUGCCGGACCAUGACAGCGACUCCCUCCUGAGCAGACAGACCAAGAGAAGACGUGUGGACAUCGGCGUGAAGAGGACUGUUGGCAGCACUGCCGGCAACACAGCAGCAACCACAACUAGUGCCGACAUCGCACGCGCCAAAGCAGCCAUCUUCGGUGCCAUGAACUCGCUCAACUCCCACCAUCACGGCUCUGACGCAGACUCAAUGGACUGCUCCAUGGUGCAGCCACACGGCCCUGCCGGGGUCACGGCAACCGACAACGAGUCCAAGUCCAACGUGCUCAGGAAGCUUCUGAAGAGAGCCAACUCAUAUGAAGAUGCCAUGAUGCCCUUCCCCGGCGCCACUAUCAUCUCCCAGCUCCUUAAGAGCAACAUGGCCAAGAACGGAGGAGAGAGGGGGGAUAGAGGGGAGAGAGGAGAUAGAGGUGAGAGAGGGGACGGCGGGUUCCCUGGGUCGGGCCUUUCCAGCGGUGGUUCUGAAGCUCCCCAGGAGGAUGCUUGCAGUAACUCAUCUCAGGACAGCCCACAAGAGUGCCUGUCCCCUUUUGGCCGCCCCCCAGCUUUGGGUGCCUUCGACCUGGAGCGCCUCAACGACGAGCACCUCCGGGCGAAGCGUGCCCGUGUGGAGAACAUCAUCCGGGGAAUGAGCCACUCCCCUAGUGUGGUGAUGCCCCCACGCCACCUCGGAGAGAGAUUGACUGGCGACAGAGAGAUGGAAAUGGACUGCCCCCCACAGCCACCUAGCCCAAGGGGCGAGGUUUGCAGCCGGGAGAAUAAGAGGAAGCAGCGUCUUCCUCAACAACAGCAGCAGAGCUUUACACAGCUGGUGUGCCAGCGCAAAGAGCAGAAGCAGGAGGAGCGAAGGCAACUGAAGCUGCAACUGGAAGACAUGCAAAAGCAGCUACGCCAGCUGCAGGAGAAGUUUUUCCAGAUCUAUGACUCCACCGACGACUCGGAGCACGACCUUAACCCUGACCUGGGCAACAUGUCCGAGGACAGCGCUGGUAGGUCUGAUGCCGGGGGAGACGACCGGGCAGACCGCUCCGACAAUGAGAUGUCAGACCUAGAUCCGGGACACUUCUUGGACCGGGCAAGGGCACUGCUCCAGGAGCAGGCCCUACUGACCGACGGGGACAAGCCCAGGAGAGAGGGGCUGGUCCGAGGGAAAGGUCCCGGUCAGGGCCCUUCAUCCUCCAUGCACCAUGCAGAGGGGAAGCAGUUGGCUGAGACUCUGAAACAGGAGCUCAACUCAGCCAUGAAUCAGGUCGUGGACACAGUGGUCAAGGUAUUCGCCAAGCCCCCGCGCCCUGCUCCACCCCAGGUCUUUCCACCCCUCCCCAUGCCCCCGGAGAGGUUUGGUGUUAACAGUGAGGGUCCUAACUUUCACACAGCUAACCAGCGCCUGCAGUGCUUUGGCGACGUCAUAAUUCCUAACCCCCUAGACUCGUUCGGCGGCAUACCUGUGCCAGGUACCAACGACCAGACGGAGGCGCUGCCCCUUGUGGUAAGGAAGACUCCAACAGAGCACCAUCACCAGUCCUCAGCUGUGGGUGCCCAUGGGGGCCACCACCACCCAUCCCUGCACCCCUCCUCCUUAUCUGCCUCUAUGGGUUUCAGCCCACCUUCUUUUCGCCACCCCUUCCCACUGCCACUCAUGGGCUACCCCUUCCAGAGCCCCCUGGGCCCACCUUCUGGAGGUUACCCAGGGAAAGACCGUUCCUCCCCGGAUUCAAUGGACCUGUCUAGGGAGACCACCAGCCUGCGGACCAAGAUGUCCUCAGGUCAUCACAUGGGGCACCACCACCGGUCGCUCUCUCCGACUCAUCCAGGGAGCACAGCAGAGGGUCUCUCCCUAUCCCUUAUCAAGUCAGAAUGUGGAGACAUGAGCGACAUGAACGAUGUCUCACCAUACUCUGGCAGCACUAUCCAAGAGGGCCUCUCUCCCAACCACCUGAAGAAGGCCAAGCUCAUGUUCUUUUAUGCCCGUUACCCCAGCUCCAACAUGCUCAAGAUGUUCUUCUCCGAUGUUAAGUUUAACCGCUGCAUCACAUCCCAGCUCAUCAAAUGGUUCAGUAACUUCCGGGAGUUCUACUACAUCCAGAUGGAGAAGUUUGCUCGUCAGGCCAUCAACGACGGCGUCACCGGGGUGGAGGAGAUGAGCGUCAGCCGCGACUGUGAGCUCUACCGAGCUCUCAACAUGCACUACAACAAGGCCAAUGACUUUGAGACCCUGUCCAUUAACAGAGGCUCAGACCAGAUGCUGUCUGUCCAACUGCAAUGCCCCACAGCAUUGUCUGAGUUUCACCUCUCUCUUUCGCUCGCUCCCUUACCCUCCUCGCCUCCUCCCUCUUGGGGGCUGGAUAUGUUCUCUUCCAUGAGGGCAAUGUCAGUGUUCUUCAUUCCUAUGUGUCCCAUUGUCUUGUUCAUCUCUGAUGCACAGCGGGGGUGUGUGUCUGUGUGUGUUAUCAUCUCUGACCUGUAUUUGACCCUGUGGACCGGGGGGGGCGGGUUUGGGGUUAAAACGUAAUGUGCAUUGAGUGGACACACAGAGCAGAUGCACACAGCCCUGUACGGAAACAGGCAAACAUGCACACAAAUCUUGCACACACAUAAACAAAUGCGCACAAACGGACAAGUGUAGUGUUUUCAGGUUGUAGGCUUACCUUUGAAGAAGGAAUAGAAUGUGUCUGUUUGAAUGAGAGACAAACCAAGAGAAACCAAAUUAAGAGAGAUGGAGAAAAAAGUUCUGACAGUCAUCUAUACCAGAAAAUUCUAACAAUGAGCUGAGGAGAGCGGGUGGGCGCUCUGACCAGGCUGCCAGGCUCACAGACACUUGUGUCAGAUAUAAAAUAGUUGCUUUAAAAUGGUUCUCACACUAUUUAGUUAAAGGCACAAUAAAAUUAUUAGCAAUCUCUUCUUUCUCAGAUGGUAUUUAAAAGCGGGAGGGGGGGUUAAAGAAUCGAGCAGAGCAAGAGAGGAGAGAGAAGGGGAUCAUCUGUUCACUGAGUGCCUCGCAGCUAUUAAGGGCUUCUGUCUGAGAUAUCUGGCAGGUCCCGUCUUUAGUGUGCAUUUGACCGCAUGUCUGUGUGGGUGUGUGUCAGAGGAAACCACUUUAUUCUGAGUGCUGAUUAAAUGAGGAGAGCUGUGCUUGAAGCCUGGGGCGACAGGGAUAGGGAAUACUCACUUAAUGGGAACAACUCCUUGUGGUCAGACUUCUUUCCUCUUGUUCCACACACACACACACACUCAUACACUAUAUCCUAGCCUACAAACCUCAUACGUAGGCCUAUCCUAAAUGAGGACAACAACAUACUGCUGUCCAUUAUUGUAUUCCAGCCCUCUCUGUCCUGUUCUUUGGUCCCUUCAUCCCGUCUUACCCCUCAUCCCUCUUUCCCCGGUCACCUUGUGGUGGGUAGCUGCCUGGUCUUUUGGCACAGCUGCUGAUUGUCAUUAUUCCUGGCUGUUUUGGGGUGUGUUGUUGUUCUUGUUGUUGGUGGUGAGUGUGUGUGUGUGUGUGUGUGUGUGUCUGUGUGUGUGUGUGUCUAUGUGUUUACAAAAAUGUGUGUGUGUGACUAAUGAAUUGUUGCGAAGGGACCCAUGCCAGAAUUACCAGGGUGUGUGUACAUCGGCUCUGCAGAUGUGUGAAAGACCCUCCAAACACACGCACAAGCACAAUUUCCCAAUUAAACGAGUGCCAAGUCUAUCUCUCAUCCAAUAUGCACCAUUAUUCCGUGCUAUUUCUGUCUUUCUUUCGUCCACCCUAGCUUUCUCCUUAUCUUCUUCUCUUUGCUCAAUACUUCAUCCGUGUUAAUCAGCCCGCCCGGCCUCUUUCUACCACCCCCCUCUAUUCUUUACUUCUUCCCCUCCAUCCCUGCCACUCUCCUCUUCCCCAGAUAUCCCCCCUGCUAUCUUCCAGACUCCCUCUUUAUUGUAACCUCGUGGCUUCUCUCCGGGAGCUGGCUUGGCCAGCUGACCUCAGAGGCCCAAAACACCACUCCCUGACCCCACAGUCAGACCAAUGUCUGCCAGGCUCAUCGAAUAAUUCAUGGAACGUGUUUGUCUGAAAGGAUCGUCUGUUUGGCUCCUUCCUGAUAGAGGUUCGUGCAGGAGCUUGCGGUUCACUCCUGCAUUGCAGUAACUGUAGCGCCAGUGAAGUGGAUGGCAACAGACUUGAGGAUUUUUCAUGAUGGACAGCUCGCUCUUAGUAAGCUUAUUCCCAUUUGGAGAGCGAUGGAGGGGAAGGGAGAUGUCAGAAGAGGCCCUGAUAUGAUUGUGGGGGAAGGGUGGAGGAAUGAGGUAUAGGAGUUUGUCAGCAGCGACGACAACCUUGUCCCGUCCUUCACUCCCUACCCGGGGUACACCUUGAGAAGUACACAGAUGACGCCUACCCAGCGUUUGUCUCGCACAAGGAAAAUCAACCGUCAGACGAAGGCAGACAGCAGUCCUCAAGGCUUCAGCAAGGAUCCCAAGGCCAUUCCGUCUGUUCCCCCAUCACUAUCAGUACUGCUAGAAGUGUAUUUACACAGCUUUCAGGUUGGUUUCCCAAUCUCCUCUCUUUCUUUUUCUCCUUCCCUUUCCUUAAAUUGAAUUUCCUUUCCCAAUUUCUCUCCUUCACUCUUCUCUCUUCCCUCCCAUCCCCUCCUCCACUUGGACUAUUCAGCCAUGGCAUUGUCUUAUCAGCUGAAGUGGGACGGCAGGAGGAAGGGAGGGGUAUUUAAGGGGCAUGGGUUCUGUUUGCCCAAAGUGACAGUGCCGUCCAAGAGCUUAUCAAGGCCUUUGUAGAUUAUUGAUUGGAGUUGAUACGUGGGGUACAGGGUUCUCUGUGUGACAUUUCUGGAAAAGUCUGCUUUUACUCAGCCAAAAUCUUUAAAUCUGCUUAGAUUCUGCUUCCCUGGUCAGAGAUUUCUAGCAUUGACCUUUCACAAUUUCAAGAAGGAUAAAAUGAGUGAAAGAAACUUUUCUGUUGUUAGAGAUCAACAUUAAUAGAAUUUUGUGGAUAGUACAAUUCCACUAUGUCCCUCACCCAGAGAGAAAGGCAUGGGAAGCGUUCCUAUUCCCAGGCCGGGAGCGGGUUAGGAAUUAACCCAGGGGGAACUCAAAGCAUGUGGGUUUCAUGUGGCGUGCAUCCUUCAAGGCUAGCCCAGCACACACAAUGCUUAUCUUCCAGGGUCUCUUUCUGUUUGUCCAACGCUGAGCAAAUAGAAGGUGUAAUACAUCUCCUGACAGUUCCCAAAGGCAGAGAGAAAACUAGCCAAACAAACACACAAUACCCAGAGUCACCUAGAGAGGCUUUCUCAGGCUUUACAGAACAAACACACAUAUACACACACACACAGCAGCAUCCCACCCGGUGAACAGUAGUGAAUUUAGGUCCCCUGGCUGGUUACCUACCUUUUGGUUUAAGCAGUCUUAAGACAGGCUGGAUGAUGUCCUGUGAAUAGCCCCCCUAGCAAGCAGUCUAGGAUCCACCAUUGUCCUCUGUCAUAUUUUAUUAUCUCAUCAAAAAAAAGAGGAAAUCCGAUUCCCGCUUACAGCAGGAGAGCUUAUCCCUCAGUCUCAAAGCAACCUGUCAUGGGGGGUGUGGUGGGGGGUGGGCUGCUGGAGAGACAGAGAGAGAAAGAGUGAAGGGGCAGGGGCUAUUUGAGACAUAGGAUGAACGAGAGUGAUUAAAUGCCUCAUAUGUACCGCUUGUCCACGGAACCCCCUCAUUCCCCUCCAAAAGUGGGAUAGAGUGAUACAGUAGGUCCUCUUUUCUUUGAUCAAUAUUUACUUCAUUAACAGCAGGACUUGUGUUGUGGGGGUGAGUGUGUGCUCGUGUGAGAAGAGAGUCCACAGCCGGGUGCAUGAACACUGGGUGCAAUAACCUCAGCUAUCGCCAAAAAACAUUCCACUUUUUCAUUCUGGCUUUUGCCGGCUCUUCGUCUCUCCCCUCUCUCCUCUGCUGCACACUCCUCUUUUCCCGUCUUUCCUCCUCUCCCUCUCUACCCCUCUCUUUUCCUUUCCCCAAUUGUCUGCCAGUGUAGUGUUACACUGUGGGGAAGAGCAGUAUAAUAUCUCUUUUCAUCACAGCUUUUGUUUUGGACACUCUCACUGCCCCCUCCUCCAUCCAUCUCUCUCUCUCUCUCUCUCUCUCUCUCACACUCGCUCUAAAGGAAAUAGUGUGAGGCUGGACAAAAACAUCCAUAUUCCAGAGAGCCCAAUGUCUUCAUCAGCAGAACGAGUGCAGUGUGUGUGUGCACAACUCAAAGUGCAUCCGUAGAUUGUGUGUGAGAGGUCAGCUUUCAUUCAGUCACCCUGUUUGCCUUUUUGAGCCCCACUCCCUCUCUGUCUUUGUAUUUACCUUUAUUCUGUUAUCCCUAACCAUGCCUGCCAGCCUCUUUCAGACAUCCCUCGCUCCUCUCUGUCUCUUUGUGCGGCCCUCCUUGAAUUUGGACAGCAAGAAGUUGUUAAAAGCUCUAUGAAAUAUGUAUGAAGGAUUGCGAGCGACGUGAUUGGCCCUGUUUACCAGCCAGCCGAGCGAAUGAGCAGCCACACAGGAUAAUCCCCCACAAUGCCUUUGGAACAAAGGCCCAACAGCUGACCCGAGGGAGGGAGGCUGGGAGAGAUGGAGAAGGAUGGGGAACGGAGAGAGGGGGACAAAAACAGUUAAAGCUCUCGGCUGGCCACAACAAGCGGGCAGCUUGUGCGUGCACGCGCACACGUGCGCACCCUCGCUCACACAAUCACACAUGCAAUCGCAGACAAAGGGCUCUGGGACAAGAAUAACUCCCUCUGUCUCCUGCUUUUCUCUCUCCACUUACAUUUCUCUCCUGUCCUUCUCUCUGCUUCUCUUCGGUGUCUCCACCUCCCUCUGUCGUUCUUUUCCUCCCUCUCCCCGUCUCUCUCUCGGUCCACACUCCCUGACUCCCAUUCGUCUCUCAACAUCCCUCUCCCCCCACCCCCCCUUGCUCUCUCAGUCAAGAGGAUCUGAAAUACCAAUGCCCUUUUCUCCUUGACAUUGGCUUAUCCUUCCAGUCAGCGUUUUGCUGUCCUUUUAUAGUCAAAACGUCAGGAAAAAUUCAGUGCAAGAAUAUUCUUAGUAAUGCGGCACUCAGAGUCUUGCAGAAGCUCUGGACCACCGCCUCCCUGGCCGGUGUCUGCAGGGACACAGUCUCCUGUGCCCCAGGUCAUUGUGGCAUUGUCUGUCAGAGGAAUGUCGUAAAGGGGUUAGGCAUUAGCAAGAGGCGGCGCUCGGUACAGUAGGUUGUUUUGAGUGUCGUUGGCCCUGGAUGGCACACAUUUACUGUAUAUGCACACAUUUACUCAGACACGUGCACACACACACACACACACACACACACUCUUAUCUCAGCUGUACAGUUUCUAAUUCAGGAUUCAUGAUUGCACACAAAGACCAGUGGACUCACAUUACACCCAUCAACACAUUCACACUGAUACACACACGUGCACUGGAACAGACAUGAACAGACACAUAUACACACACACUCCAUUCAUCACCCUGAGGGGGGUGUUUGGCUGUCCCGUCCCUGUGUGUGUCUGUUCUGGUGGCCACUCACCUUGCUGUGUCCUGACACUCCUGAUGAGUAUCUGCAGGACACAGGAGGAGAGGAGCGGAGUGCACACUGUCAGGCAUUUGGGCAAGCUGCUUGGUGUGUGUAUGUGUGUGUAUUUGGGUGUGUGGCUCUGCCUGCCUGUGUGUUUUUCUAUUCAUGUAUCUACCUGAGUGUCUGCUUGUGAGUGUGUGCCUGUGUCUGUGUGCAUGUGUGUGUUUCUGUGUGUGCAUCUGACUGUGUGUUGCUGCAGAUGGAGGCGGGUAGGCAGCAGAGAGACAGUCAGCAUUAUCCAUGCAGGUGACCCCUGAAGGCUGCAUCGCCCUGAGGCUUUGAGUGAAGGAGAGAGG